AUGACGCUCAACGCAGCCGCUGCGUCCAAACCGCCUACAGUGAUCCACAUCGAGGGACGUGCCAAGGUUAAGACGACUGCCGAGCGAGCCGCACUUGACGUGCACGUCUUUGAUACCGGCUAUGACAAAGAUUUGGCUGCGAAGAAUGUCAUCACGGCUGUUAAUACCUUGCAAAGCCAGCUCGAUUCGCUCGUAUCGCGGCUCGAGAAUGGGGACAUAUCGCCCUCCUCUCCAAUUACAUUCUAUUCAAUCGCUUCACUCUCCAUCUCGACAGGUGAUGAUUACGACAACGAAGGCAAUCGACCAAAACCGGACAAGAAACUGCAUACGGCGAGCUCAGCUAUCGACGUUCACUUCCGGGACUUUACGAUUCUAGGGGAAAUGGUCGUUCGUCUCUCAGGCAUGGACUACGUCGGCCUCAGAGGCGUAACUUGGCAGUUGACCGACGCGAAGCAAGCUUGGCUGGAUGAGGAAGUCCGCAUGCAAGCUCUCAGGCACGCCAUAGAAAGGGCAGAAGCGUACGCACGUAUCAUCGGCAGAGAGAGGGUCACAUGCGUCAAGAUUGAGGAUAAUGGGGAGUUCUGGCCUUUAACGCGGGAAAUGCAGACUGUAAGAAAGGUAGCAAGUGUUGAAGCUUUUGGUGUGGGUGCCGGCAUACAGUUUGAGCCAGGAAAUAUCGAGGUGACAGGGACGGUGAGUGUCGAGUUCCAUGCGGAAUGA